AAGCGCUAUUAACGAAUUAAUGAAGUUUUAUCUAUAUAAGAAUCACCCUCAAGGGCUUAAUCUCAAACUUUCACCAGAUCCGCGAAAGGUUCAGAAACUUAAAUCGGAAGACGAAGGCUAAGGCGCACUCUCUGGUCUCUCCCCCUCUCUCCGCCAGGUCCUUCUUGGAAUCGAACAGACAACUUUCUUUUCUGAAGGUCCUAUCUGCAAGUGAUCGCAGCAUCAGGAAUAGGCAUAUGGGUCAGAUCCAGUAUUCCGAGAAAUAUUUCGACGAUGAUUACGAGUUCAGGCAUGUCGUUCUCCCUCCCGAAGUGGCUAAAUUGCUCCCAAAAAAUCGCCUUCUCUCGGAAAAUGAAUGGCGAGCGAUCGGUGUUCAGCAGAGCCGCGGAUGGGUUCACUACGCGAUCCACCGCCCAGAGCCUCACAUUAUGCUCUUCAGGAGGCCCAUCGACUACCAGCAGCAGCAGGAGAACCAAGCUCAGUAAUAGAUGAUCGCGAAGUGAAAGAAAAUUUACUCUAAAUUCCCAACAUGCAUUUCUUUCUUGAUUCUCUCUCAAUUUUUUCAUCCAGAAAAGAACACAGGGUUAGGAUUUCUAAUCUGUGACAAGUAAUGUUCUCAAGUUAUUGGAUGGGAAUGUAUCUUAGAACCAUCGUUUGUUUCUUGUUGGGGAUUCAAUACUAUUCAUGACAUUCUUACUACUA